AUGCAUGGCCCUCAAACACUUGUGUGGGCUGUUAAUGCUUCAGACAACCUCAAGAAGAGCGACCAGGACAUUGCCAUUAUGAAGAUGCAGCUUCCACUGGCUUUCAGAGCGAUGCUGCUGCUGUACCUGUUUGCCCUUUUACUGGGAGCGGAAGUUUCUUCUGGGAAAAGAUCUCAAAAACACAGAAGAUUGAAAGGUUCAGACACUGGACGUAAAUCCAGAGGCUCAAAGAAAGGACUGUGGGUUUCUAUGGAUUCAACUCUGAACAUCUCCACUCUUAUCCCUCCGUCUCCAAGCAGGUCUUUGUCACCAUGGACAUAUGUGAUUUCCUAUGAUGAUUCACGAAUCCCUAUGCAAAUAUCUGAAGCGAAAUGUGAAAAAAGAGGCUGUUUAAUGAAAAAUGGUGAGGAAGAUUCAGGGUUGGAGUCUCAACCCAUCCAGUAUCAGAUCCAUGUGCUGAAAAAAGUGAAGCACAAAAACAAGAGCUACGCCCUUAAACUGGAAAGUAAAGUUAUUACUGUGGGCUGUACGUGUGUUUUACCCGUUUUUGUUCCACAGAAAUAG